AUGGCUAAAAUCAUUCAAUCGGUUUUUGUCAUUAUUCUUGUUUUCACCCUCGUGAUCCCGAUAGUGAUAGCAAUUCGAGACUUCUCCGACAAGAACCUUAAAACACCCGAAGAGGAGGAUGUAAAACACCCCGAGACUUUCUUCAAUUAUGAUCGUGGAUACCUAAUUCCGGGUAUUGGACGAGGUAUUAAACCAAAGUCAAAGGAUGGGUUCAACCCUUUCACCUACAAUCCAAUUACGGGAGGUAAUAAUGGAAUACCGGGAGUCACUGUCCCUAGUGGUGGUGGCAACAUCCCUGGUUAUGGUGACUUCGGUAGCAGUGGCAGUGCAGGAGGUAGCUACUUGCCAGGUGGCGAUGACACAUUGGUUCCCAGCCCCGAGGAUGAGGGCCCAAAUCCUGCCCCAGAUAGUCCUUGA